AUGUCCUACAACCCGUCCGUCCCACUCCCAAACGAAUGCUCGUUCUCGUUCUCCCACAACACACAUGCGAGAGCGAAUGGGAAUAAUGGUGCGUGUGGUGAAUAUGAUUUCCUCCCAAUUCCAGAAGUCACACCCGCCGGAUCGUCCUUCCUUUCCACCUCUCCCUCAGCCUACUCACCUUCACUCGAUCCCGCCUUCCCAAACAAGCAUGUAUACCACCAUGCACAUCACCUCUACAACCACAUUUUCAACACCAAUACACCACCCGCAACCAACCCCUCUCCCUCUCCUACCCUUCAAGACGCAGCUUACGCCCCACUCAUCACCCGGUCUGGGCAGCGGAGAGCGAGUUCGGCGCAGGGUAUCUUAAUCCCUAAAACCGAUGAACGGAAUGGGAAGAAUGGGCGGGGUGAAUGGGAUGAACGGGUUGGGUGGGUUGGGAUACGAACCUCUCCACACUCGCACUCGUACCCCAUGUCCUUAUCGAGGCUGAACACAGAAUUCACCUUUUCACUCACCGACCUCCCGCCCGACUCCGCGCUUUCCCCAUCCUCCUCACAAUCUUCCUCAGGUGGCACGUCACCUUUGAGUACAGGUGGAGUGGUCAUCGUCCUCGUCGGCGUCAGACAAGAACAUUGUGAAGGCGAAGAGAAGACAAGCGACCCCGAAUGCAAGGCUUCCAAGCCUCGAUAUGAGCGCAUAUAUAUACCUCGACGCACACCUUAA